AUGUCUUUCUUCAACAAUGCAAGUAACGUCGUGGUCAAUGGAGGCAACUUUACCGCAUCACAUCAACCACUGGCCAAUCCUCCACAGGACAACAGAACGGCAGUGCACAGUAAAUACAAUGCACCGGCAGGGAAAAUACACCGUGAUGACGUAGUGGCCGUUCUUCACAAUCACAGUGCUCUGGCGGGUCUUCUCGACGCCGAGGAACGAUUUGAUGCGCCCAAAUGCGACCCAUCUACACGACUUGCGAUCAUCGAAAGGCUAACAAAGUGGGUCAAAUCCGAGAGGAAAUCAUUGUCGUCUUCUCUGUUGUGGCUCCAUGGUCCUGCAGGGGUAGGGAAAUCAGCCUUAAUGCAACAAUUGGGACUCCUCAUGCAGGAAAAAAACGAACACGCUGCGAGCUUUUUCUUUUCUCGGACCUCCACGGGACGCAAUAAUGGAAACUCUUUAAUCGUCACUUUGGCCUACCAACUGGCUAUGAACUUUCCACCCAUCCGCUCUCACAUUGCAAAGAACCUGAAGCGCAAUCCGGGUAUCUUUUCAUUGACCAACAAAAAGAAAUUGCAGUUAUUGAUUAUUGACCCAAUCAAUAAAUUGCGCGGCAAGAAAAAAAUAUUUCGACAUCUUUUUUCGACGAAAACCUCAAAGCCACCACGUCUGAUAAUAAUCGAUGGCUUGGAUGAAUGCGACAACAAAGAUAUUCAAUGUGACAUUCUAUUACUUAUUGCGCACGCCAUUAACGAACUUCAUCUCCCACUUCGUAUCAUCAUUGCAAGUCGUCCAGAGGCGCACCUGAUAUCUUCAUUCAACAAUUCGAUAUUUGACAAGAUACCGUAUACACACAUUAAUCUAGGGGCAGACGUGGAUGCCGAACGUGACGUUCUUCUUUUUCUAACCAAGGAAUUCAAGGAACUUCGAUCAACUCAUCCUCUAGGCAAGCAUCUCCCCAAUCCUUGGCCAACAUCUGCUCAAAUUGAUACGCUCGUGAUGAAGUCAUCAGGAGGGUUCAUUUAUCCUACAACGGUGUUGAAGUACAUAAAGUCUCCUUAUCUUAGACCAGACGAGUGUCUCAAGGUGAUCCUUGGCUUAUGCUCUAUCCCCACUAGUGACCGUCCCUAUGCUCAGUUGGAUGAUCUAUACUCUUAUAUCUUCAACUCCGCUCACGAUGCUCACAAAGAGUCUAUAAAACUACUCUUCAGUAUCCUUGUAAUUCCUCGGACAGAAUAUGACAAUUUAGGAAACUUCGCAACACCUGCUCUUCUUGACAAACUCCUCUUUUUUCCUUUGGGCCACGUCGAGCAAGUGCUAGGAAAUUUUCUGUGUCUAGUCAGCCUACAAGGCGCCCAACGCCCCAUCAAACUACUUCAUGCAUCCCUUUCUGAUUUUCUUCUCGAUAUAAAACGCUCCGGGGAAUUUUGCGCUGACUUGGGACUUGCUCAUAAGGCUCUAGCGCGUGGAUACAGUACCCUGGGAUUGCAAUGUAUGCAAGACGGACAGAGUGGUGGUAUACAAGUCGAACAAUCAAUAAUGCCAUUGGGACCUCACCAUUGCUACGAUCUUGCCGCAGAACAUAGUGAGUUUGCAUUCAAAAACGGUAUCCCCUUCUACGAAGCCUAUGCUCAGUUGGAUAAGUUACACGGCCUCGUUAUACCGUUCGCUCCCUUUUUAUUCAAAUGCAUAGACUCCCCCAAAGUUCAGCUGCAAUGGGAGUUAAAUCGCCAUAAUAUCACAGAUUUCCGUAGCAUUUUAUGUCUUUUCGACGAAUUUCGGGAAGAAGCCAACGUCAGAGUGGUCUGCACUGCAAAGCCACCGUUAUACAAAUUCCUCAUGGACCAAUCGCGCUCUGGCUUGCAGAUACUCACCGGAGAGCUUCCCCAGGAUUGCCGCGCUAUACCUUUUCAAGCAAUACCCGUUGACCUAUAA